UCAUCGCAUACAUAAAUCUGCUUCUCCGGUUUGGAAGGGGCGGACUAGUUGGGUUCAUUUGCUUGCUCUCCCUUUUCUAUUCUCCCUCAGCGAUUGAUGGACCUAUUGGAGCUACAAGAUGCCUUGGCAUCCAAAUCCUUUCAAAGAAUAGGUGAAAUCUGUGACGAGCUCAUGCUUCAGGUUGCAUCGAGUGGGAUUUCUUUCCAAAAAGAGUGGCCGUAUUCAAUCCAUCUAUUAGGACAUUUAUACGUAAACGAUCUCAACAGCGCCAGAUUUCUGUGGAAGUCGAUUCCUAGUGGGAUUAAAGAGAGCCAGGCAGAAGUUGUGGCUGCUUGGAAGAUUGGGCAGUGUCUUUGGAUCAGGGAUUAUGCUGGGGUUUAUGCUGCUAUUCGUGGUUUUAAUUGGAGUCCUGAAGCGCUAGGCCUUGUUACUGCCUUUGAAGAGAGUUAUACCAAGAGAAAUUUCCAGUUGUUGGUUUCUGCUUAUUCAACCAUCAGUGUUACUGAUACUGCUCAGUUUCUGGGAAUGAGCGAGGAUGAUGCUACCAACUAUGUUCUUCAGCAUGGCUGGACUUUGGAUUCUACUUCGAGAAUGCUCUCUGUUAGGAAGCCAGAGAUUAUCACAGAACAAAAAUUAGACUCCAGCAAAUUGCAGCGUUUGACCGAAUAUGUUUUCCAUCUUGAACAUUAAUUUCUCUAUUCUUGAGAAAGUUGAGAACUUUUGGAAUUUUUUUUUGCCUUUUCUACUAAUUUGUGCUUAAAAUUCCUGUCUGGUUGCCCAGGUGAAAAUCUUCAGAGUUCUGUAAGUUUGCUUGAUCUUUUGAAUUAGUUGGCUUCUUGAUCCGGGCAUUUCAAAUUGGAGAUUUCUUUUCGGAAAAAAAAAA